AUGAGAGGCAACAGCGGCAGUGACGGCAGCAACAGCAGCAAUGAGCUGGGCGGCAGCAGAAGCAGCAACAGCGGCAACGAGUUCGGAGUUGAGGAACAGGAGAAGCAGCAACGGCUGCAUCGAGAGCAGCACGAUGACUCUGUUGUUGAAGAGCUGAAGCAGUACGAUGCCAGAAGAUUUGUGCGGCAAGACGAGCAGCACAUACAAGGAGAAUGA